AGAAUAAAAGGAGGAAGAAGAAAGACAGAAAGAAUAGAGGGAAACGAGAGAGUUAUUUUUUGACCUCAGGAUGGACAUAGUUUUCUUGUCCUUUUCCUAUCAUUUUUUCCCCUUAAAACUCUCCAUUCCUUCCUCCUUUUAGAACUUUUUUCCGGGAAGAACCCACCGACGCCGACCCGACCCGACGCCGGCGAGUUCCACCCCCCUCCCUUCCCCCUUCCCCAAGGUACCUCUGUUUUCGUCCCAGAAAAGAAAAAAAAACCCCGUGCAUUUUUUUUUUAUCUGCAUUGAUUAUUGAUGUAUAAAAAGUUACAAUUUGAGUUAGACAUACCAGACUUUGUACGUGAUCAUCUUGUAGGAUUCUCCCGAAAUUUUUCAAUUUCUUCCGGAAGCGAACUCGCUUGACAUUGAGCAAUAUUCAGAAAGACAUUUCGGGAAUCGGUUCGUUCCCUUUGAAUGAAAGGAAGUAAGAGACUUGUUUUGUUAGCCUAACCAAAAAUAAACAGAAACACCAUGCAUUGCUGUUAUUAUCUCCUUAAGGCCUCAACCAUACCAUGCAUGUUGUGACCCUAAACUACAACAGGCAAUGCGUUGGUGGCAGGGCGCUUUUUCAUCUUCCUCCUCCUCCUCCUCAUCAUCUUCUUCAUCCACGUCAUCGUCGAAAGUACACUGUGACGAUAGCCUUUUGGCCUCCAGUGGAGGCAUUCGUUACACAAUCAAAUCGGCUUUUUUCUUCGCACGUAGACGACGUCACGCAAGUGCGAAGAAGCUACAAAAUCUAUCGGAAAAUGAAAGUGAUGAGUGGCGUUCUCACUGUUCCCACGAGAAUAAUUUGCCGUCGUCUAAAUCAUCCGACAGGCCGCCACCGCAACCUUUGCCGUUGCCGGAACUGCAGUUGUUGCUCCGACAUGACUCCGAUGCUGUUUCGAGUGUACCAUUGCCAUCGCCCACACACGCGCAUUCGCUUCAUAGAAACGAAAGAGAUACCCGAAAGGAUGCUGUAGCCUCCCAUGGGAGAUUAUCAAGCCAAGAUGCUCGAAAGAAGAAAAAAGAACACUUGGGAAGUCGGUUGUCUAGGAAGACACCUCAGAAGCUACAUGUUGGAGAUAGAGUCUCUGAUAUCAGGAUCAGCGCACCCAUUAGUGCUCCUACGACUCCUUAUGCAAGUCCCGGACUCAGCCCACUCAAAGCCGGGGAUCUUUUAAGUCCUAAUUACAUGGCAUUCCCCGGUGCUUUUCAAGUUUGUUCUGCCCCGGAGAUGCCUACAUCGGACACACCUCAAUAUCCAGGUUUCUCUUACCAUGUUCUCCCAGAAAAAAAUGCUUUUAGUGUCGAUAAUUCUCCUCAUCACAGUCCAAGAGUAAGUCCACAGAGGAGUAGAAAGAUCGCAAGUGGAUCUGCGUCGCCUUUACAUCAUUUAUUACCAAAUGAGAGCUCAACAGCACGUCGUGAUAGUAGUGCUCAGGGCAAUGUCCAUCCACUACCACUUCCUCCUUUAGGUGCCACUCCUUCACAGCCUACUUCCAUUCCUCCAGGUUCCCCUAAUGCAGAGCUGACACCAAUUAAAGGCCAAUGGCAAAAAGGGAAGCUUAUUGGGCGUGGGACAUUUGGAAGUGUAUAUGUUGCAUCAAACAGAGAAACUGGAGCUUUGUGUGCGAUGAAAGAGGUUGAAUUAUUACCAGAUGACCCAAAAUCUGCUGAGAGCAUAAGGCAAUUACAGCAGGAAAUUAAUGUUCUCAGUCAACUCAAGCACCCAAAUAUUGUCCAGUAUUACGGCAGCGAAAUAGUUGGUGACCGAUUUUACAUUUAUCUGGAAUAUGUUCAUCCUGGUUCCAUCAAUAAAUUUAUCCGUGACCAUUGUGAAGCAAUUACAGAAUCCAUUGUACGGAAUUUUACUCGCCAUAUUCUUUGUGGCUUGGCUUACUUGCAUAGCAAAAAAACCAUUCACAGGGACAUAAAAGGGGCUAAUUUGCUUGUUGAUGCUUAUGGGGUUGUAAAGCUUGCAGAUUUUGGGAUGGCUAAGCAUCUUAAUGGGCAAGCAGCUAAUCUCUCCUUAAAGGGAAGUCCUUACUGGAUGGCUCCUGAGCUCUUGCAGUCAGUUAUGCAGACGGAUGCUACCACUGAUCUCGCCUUUGCUACUGAUGUAUGGAGUUUGGGUUGUACUGUAAUUGAAAUGCUGAAUGGUAAACCACCUUGGAGUGAAUAUGAAGCAGCUGCUGCCAUGUUCAAGGUUCUAAAAGAUACGCCUCCAAUACCGGAAACAUUAUCACCUGAAGGGAAAGAUUUCUUGCGCUUAUGUUUCUGUAGGAACCCAGCGGAGAGGCCCUCGGCCAGCAUGUUAUUAGAACAUCGAUUUAUGAGAAUCUCUCAUCAGCCAGAUGUACCUUCUUUUCUCAAACCAGUUGGUGGGAUCCGAGUCAAAGAAAAGUUGAAUUCUCAAAAAGAGCAGACAACAUACAAUCUUGACCAAGGGCGUUUAUCGCUAGAAAGGUAGCUCUCAAAAGAACUGUCAAUGAAGUGAAAAUUAGAUUCCAAAUGAUGGACUGCUUACGCGAACACAUCCAUGAGAUGGCAUUUCUUCAUGCCUGGAUACUUCAUCUUCUGUGCAAUUAGGAUAGGCUAGCUGUGCAUCAUUGAAAUUCCAACUUAAUUUAUGGAGAUUACUCCUAUGGCCCUGUCCACAGUUAAUCCCCACCAUGCUCGGUGUAUUGAUGUUAGCACUAUUGCAAAUGUAAAGCCAUUUGCCUAAACCAGGUGCAAUUACAAUACCUCAACUGAUUUUGGGAUGGAAGUAGCAGCCAUUUUUUAGUGUCUCUUUCAACGAGAGCUGGACUUGUGAACACAAUGGAGACCUUUUAUAUAUGCGCUGUGUAGAUAGCUUCUUGUCCAUAUUAACACCUCGAGAGGAACAUAGGUUUAUCGUCCAGGGAAUUUUUUUCCUGCAGACCUUGGAGUUUAGAAGUAGGUUUUCUGUAAUGACUUCGAAAGGAGGAGCUUCAACAACAAUCAAAAGAAAAUGAAAUGCUUUAAGAAUUACUCAA